UGAAGCGAGGGGAAUCGGGGCAGUCGCUGCAAGACCUCGUCUGACCUUCCUCACAUCCCUCCUCCUCCUCCUCCCUCUCCCAUCACUGCCUCUUUCUAUCUCUUACCUGACGGUCAGUAUCGAGCCGUUGCCUCCCGUGGUGGUGGGAGACGCUGUCACUCUGAAAUGCAACUUCAAGACGGAUGGGAAGAUGAGGGAGAUCGUCUGGUACCGGGUCACUGAUGGUGGCACCAUCAAGCAGAAGAUCUUCACCUUUGAUGCCAUGUUCUCUACCAACUUCUCCCAAAUGGAGAACUAUCGGAAAAGGGAGGACCUGGUGUACCAGUCCACAGUGCGCCUCCCUGAGGUUCGCAUUUCGGACAAUGGUCCCUACGAGUGUCAUGUGGGGAUUUAUGACCGAGCCACGAGGGAGAAGGUGGUCCUGGCCUCUGGAAAUGUGUUCCUCAAUGUGAUGGCUCCUCCAACGUCCAUCUCCGUUCUUGCUGCCGAUACACCAGCACCCUUCAGCCGCUACCAGGCGCAGAACUUCACCCUGGUGUGUGUGGUGUCUGGUGGGAAGCCUGCACCACUGGUGUACUUCAAGCGGGAUGGAGAGCCCAUCGAGGCCACCCCACUGCCGGAGCCGCCGGCCGGCGCCGGGAGCUGGGCCCCACGGAAUCUCCUGCACCGCGACCUGGAUGACACCAAGGUGCCAAAAUCGCUGGCAUCUGAAGGCGAGGU